UCCACUGUCAGUUGUGGAGUUGUGAAACACUAUGAAGGCAAAGGGUCCAGCAUCUCAGGGUCUCUGGGCGCCGCAGUGAGAGUCAUGGAUCACUUUUUCCGGAGGAAACGGGUCGGUCUGCUGAAACCCUUGCUGAGCCUGUCUCUAGUCUUUGCCUCUUUUCUCAUGAUCCACAAGCUGAAGGCAGAGAAGGACGGAGUGGGGGUUAAACGAAUGAAGGAUGCCGGUUGGUGCGACUCCGAGUGUUUUUCAUUCAAGAAGGGAGUCGUGAAAAAUGGUUUGGGGAGCUCAGUGUCUCCAGUUCUUAGCAACGGACUGGAUGCGCAGCGGGUCUCCAACGGGACUCCGGCUUUCUGGGACGCUCAGGUUCUCAAUUGCAGUGAGGACGCGUCGGUGAGGAGCAAGGACUGGUUUCGGCGCUUGGACCCGAGAUUUCACCAGUUUGUUCUGCACAGACACUGCAGGUACUUCCCCAUGCUCAUCAACCACCCGGAGAAAUGCGCGAAUGGAGAGGUGCAACUCCUCAUGGUGGUCAAGUCCGUCAUCGAGCAGCACGACAGGCGGGAGGCUGUGCGUAAAACCUGGGGCAAGGAGCACACGGUGGAUGGGAAGAAAAUCAAAACUUUAUUUCUUUUGGGAAGCCCGACGACUGGAAAAGACACCAAGAACCUCCAGAAACUGAUCGAGUACGAGGACAUGAUAUACGGGGACAUCCUCCAGUGGGACUUCAUGGACACUUUCUUUAAUCUGACCCUAAAAGAAGUAAACUUCCUCAAAUGGUUCAACAUUUACUGCUCCGGCGUCCAGUUCAUUUUCAAAGGAGACGAUGAUGUGUUUGUGAACACGCACAAUCUGCUGCAGCUCAUCGGCUUCAGAGUGGAGGAGCGCAAAGAGGCCGAGUUAUUUGUGGGGGACACCAUCUCCAAGGCGAUCCCCAUCCGAAACCGGCAGAGCAAAUACUACAUUCCCAAAGAGCUGUACGAUAAGCCAUAUCCCCCGUAUGUCGGAGGUGGGGGGUUUCUGAUGUCCUCCCAGCUGGCACGGAGGCUCUUCGUGGUCUCGGAGGACCUGGAGUUGUACCCCAUCGACGAUGUGUUUUUGGGAAUGUGCCUGCAGAAGCUUCACUUGGCCCCAGAGAUGCACCCGGGCUUCAGGACCUUCGGGAUCACCAGACGCAGGGUGAGCCCCAUGAACAGCGAGCCAUGCUUUUACAAAAACCUCAUCGUGGUGCACAAACUGAGCGUGCAGGAGCUGCUCAGGAUGUGGAGCGUGGUGCACAACGAGGACUUGAUUUGCGCUCAAAAGGUCUCCAUGUGAUUGUCAAUGUAGGCAAUGUAUAGGAAAGUAAAUGAAAUGACAAAAGCUGAACUAAAUACACAGAAGACCUGUGUUUAUAAUUUAUCAAACAUGAUGAUCUUUACGCAUCUUUGCUGAACCUACUGAGUCAUGUAGUUCAGGGAGGGAACAAGUAUGAAAAAAGAAAUUCAUCAAAACGGUUUUUAACAAUUCAUUUCCGCUGAUAGAUUUGAUACUAUACAGCCCAUCCAGAUAUUAACAUUUUCUGUAUGUCAAAUUCUGAACAGGUUGGGUUUCCUCUCCACUAGUCUAACUAAUGUUCUUUUCAUUGUGUAAAACCACUACAACACAACUCCGCAGUGCACACACAUCCCAGGAAAGUUUCUGACUCUUGGUGCCAUUUCAGGUUGUCAUCAUCUCUGUCAUCUUAAUCCGAGAUCUAAUGCUGAUGUAGAGACACGGUUGUAAUGGUUUUAGUGCGUGUUUGUGCAGGCAUAAAUAAGACUGGCCUUUUUACAUCCAGGUGUUCCUCUGAAACAGUUGAUUGGAUUGUUAAUUUCUGAUUUUAGUGUGAUUGUCAAAGUGAACUAUAUGGACUCACAGCAUGCUUCAUGGAAUGAACAACUGCAUAGUUGAGGUAUUAUUUUGUAAGGUGGGGAAAUUGUU